UUUGUUGGGAACUUAGACGAUCGUUCAAAGAGCAUUUCCUGAAAAGCCUUUGAAACGAGAAAAAGAAGAGUGUAAUUAGUGAAAAGUGGGUAGUUCUGCAUAAUUGGAUGGUACAAUGGAUAAGGAUAACGUAAACAAAAUCCGUUUGGCGGUGUCUAGCCUGCAGGAACCAUCGUUGGGAGACUCGGAAAAAUUGAAGAAGUUUAACGUUAUAAGGGAGUGUUUAUAUUCUUGCAAACUGCAAGGGAGUGUCGAUGAUAAAAUACUGACACGGCAAGUCUUUACUUUGUGUAAUUCCGAGCUGGAUACCUCCAAUUCUGAGCUGCUAGUAAGCGUCUUUACCCUAUUGGAGCUGCUCUUUAAUUGUAAUUCUGAGAACUAUGUCGGCAAAGUUGUCCCACAUUCGUACCUGGCAGUAGCUUUUGAGUCCAAUCACAAAUAUUCCGGCACAGUAAAAGAGUGCGCGUUAAGUUGCAUUCAGACGUGUCUUCAUAGGUUAGUAGUCACGAAUUGCUACGACUUGACACAAUUAGAUAGCAGCGUAAACGACAUGGAAGUCGGUAGUAAGAUGUUCGAUCUUCUGCUAUGUGUAAUGACUGAUGUACCAGCCAACAAUUGUUUGCAGUUUUUCUACGAUACUCUCAUGUCUACCAUGUUUGAGACUGAGAACGUGCAACUACGCUCUAAGUUAAUAGAUUUCGCAAUGGAACUAUUGCCUCGUUUUUCUAUUCAGUUGCUCACUAGUUGUCAGCUGGAAGAGUUUAAGAACAAAGUGAAAAAUUGUUACAUUAAAAGGAUAGGCGUUAUAAGAAACCAAAACGAUCCCAGUUGGUCCAAACUUGUUAAGUUUCUUUUGAAGUGUUUUGGAAAAGUGAUACAUUCCUGUGUGGAUCUGAUGAAUAAUAUACUUAAAAUUGUUGAGGGUGCAUUUCGCAGUCAUAAUUUAGAUGAUCGAUAUUAUGCCUAUGAGUGCUGGAAGGAAUUAAUCGACAACUACAGCCUGGACAUGGAUCGUCUACGCGCUCCCAAGCAGAUGAACUUGCUAAUUACCCCUUUGAAGUCAAAUGUGUCCACUUCAAAUCCUCGAAUAUCGCAUAAACGCCUCGAAAUUUGGGCGCAUCUACUUGGCACAUUACAACAAGGUGCGCUUCCGUAUUUAAAAACGUUCUUUUCUGCUUGUUACUCUGAGGACAAAAAGUCGUGCAGCGAAAAAUCACAGCAAGAGCCAAAAUUUCAUGAAGACGCAACGCUUGUGCUUUUAGAAGUUAUUGGUCACUAUGGUCACACUGAGGAAAGCGGAUGCUAUAAUUAUGAGAAGAUUCUUAAGCUAAACGAGCCAUUGGUUAAAGCUGAAAACUUUAAGGAAUUUGAAAGUUUGAUAUUAUCUGCUCUGCGCCAGUGCUCUCCCGUGAACUCACAAUGGAUGCCUACUUCUGACCUAUUUCAGGUCCAAAAAUGUAUGUGGGGCUCUUUCUUUAAUUUACUUCGGGGUUGCGAGGCAGCACAACAAAAGCAAACGAUACAGAUUAUAGUUGCAGAUUUGAUAUUCCACAUUAAGCUUAUCCAUGCGACCAACAAGUAUUUACUUUACGCCGUAAAACCAAUCUUGGAAGUGCUAGCCGAGGGAAAAUUUUUUGAUGUUAACUUUUUUAACGAUUUAAUCUUCUUGCCACUAUUCAAGUUGCUCUUGAAGUACAGUGAAGAACUAUUUUUACUUGAUCGACCGCUUAUCACUGAUCUGUGUAAUUAUAGUAAAGAUGGUAAGCCGCAAGAUGUGUGGUUUAUGGAAAUGUACAAAAUACUAACGAAAGGCGAAGCUACCAGUGUGUUUCUCAAUUCUUUAAUAUUAUGGUUGGAAUGCGUAGACAACGUACUUUCUUUGUGCCAUAACGGUGGGGAGAAAAAUAGCAAGAUGCUACAAAAUAAAAUUGUAGAGUUUAUGAUGUGGCCUAUUGCAGAUCUUCAAGAGAUUCGUUAUUAUAGUCAUCAACCUAACAUUUAUAAUGAAAUUAUAUGUAAGUGGACAACUUUAUUUCGACAGUUGGCUAAUAACAGUGAGAUGGAAGCGAUAAUGGUUAUUAAUCAAUUGGAGUCUAUAAUUGGACCGAAAACAUACGGGACUAUAUCUUUGCUGUAUAAUUCGUUUAAGGACUUAGGAAAAAGUGAUAAGAUAGAUGAUGCUCUAUUGAAAUUAACAUUUACUAUGUUGAACAACUCCAAAUUAACUUCCUGUGAAUUAGAACAAUUGGUACCAGUUCUACUAACCAUUUACAAGAGGUCUAUUGAAAAACACGAUUCUGUCAAGUUUGUAACAGUAUUGGAAUGUUUCACUUUGAUACUUCCCAAUUCUAAAAAAUAUGACCUUUUGGUACCCUUUGAGAAGCUUCUGGAAUCCAUUCCAGAAUCGCUGAAGCAAUCGAUACCCCAAUCACUAAUUCGCACACUUUCGGACUUAGUAGGCGGCGACGAUAAAAAGUUUUCAUUUAAAGCAGAUCGCAUAUUGAAAAAGAUCCACAGUUUGGAAAAGAAAUUUCUGAAACCGAAUAUUUUAUCGCGCAGUACGAAGAUGGUGGCGAUGUCAAAAAGAGAAACGCCAACCUCUGAGGAUGCAACGAUUUUGCGUUUGUUUGGUCAGCCUGUGGUAUCUCCCAGUGGGACUAUUAGAGGCAGUCAACUCAAUAACAAUCCUAUUAAAUCAAAAAGAAUUAAAAAGCCCGAAAUACCCAAACCGUCUAGUAUCUUUGACGACGACGCUACUUAUGUACCCAUUGAUUCCGAUUACAAAUUUGAUCGUAGCAAGUUAAACGACCAUCAGCUGGAGAUGUUGAAGAAGGAUAGGUCUGAUAUACCGGCGUUGUACCAGGAUUUAUCGCAGAGCCAAUCAAACUCGGUUUGUGCUUUGGUCGAUGUUCAGAAGCCGAAUCCAGUUUUAGAUGGCCAGUCUUCGGAUUUGUUUCAGUCCGAAAAUCAGAAUGUUGGCCAAAGUGGUACCAAAGACGAUGAGAAAGAGGGAGAUCCACCGCCAAAUCAUGUAGAAAAUGAAACCCAGGUACAAAUGGAGCCUGUGGUGGCGAGUGAAAAUGAUACAGGCACUACUGUACAGAUCAGCCUUAAAAAGUUGGGCCCUGUUGAAAGAUUGCUUAAAACUCUGAAGGUGGAUGUGGUCGGUGGCGAAUUAUUCACCAAAGUAGAUGUCACAAGUAAACGGUCCACUCGACGUCAUUCGGAAAAUCCUCACUCAGACAGUGGAUCUAAAACGCCAAAGAAAGCCAAACCAAAAAAGGUUCAACUUGAAACAACUGAGCAGUGCAGUACUCCGACUUCAGCUCCUAAACAGUAUGUUAAUGCACGAAAAUUAUUGGAGAGCAUCACAGAACCAACGUCUAAAACUGUGGAUACUGCUCAAAAUAGUGAGGACGUGAUUGAGUCUUCCCAGGAGUUAUCAGUUGAACCAUUACAGCAUCAAGAUGACGAAACUAAAGCCAUUGAAGAAUUGCAUAAACUUCCCGAUGAAAAAAUAUCUGCUGUAAUUGAUUUGACAGUAAACAACGAUGAUUUCGAUUUGGAAGAAAUGGAAAUCGAAGCGGGUGUAGAAACGCCGAGCAAAUUGGUAAACAUAGAAUCAUCUCCGGUGCAUCUUGAAACACCAACGAGAAAUGCCGAGUUAAUCGAAGUGACUGAAGAUUUAUCACCGAUCGCAGUCGAAAAAGCACCGGGGGAAAUCCUCGAAUCAGAAAUAAAAUCCGAACCUACCGCCGAAAACGGAAUUGUCCGACAAGAGGUGGAAAUCCCACCGAAACCCGAAGAUCCGAAGAUUGCGUUUGUUGAAAAAUCCAGUAGCAGCACGCGCGCGGAACGAUUGCUCCAGUUAGCCUCCGGAAAUUCGUCUCCCGCCACUAGUAAACUAGCAAAGUCGCCCGCCAAACACGCGAGGAGGCGGGCUUUCGUGUCGGCGGAAACUCGAAGGAUGAUGAAAACAAUGCAAAAGUGUCAGAAGGAGUUGCAGUUUCAUCGACAAAUCGAUGGCGUACCUAUCCCGAAUGUGGAAUACGAAAAGGAAGUGAUGGACAACCUUUUGCAUUUUGCCAGAGAAAUUCCACCUCCCGGCGCGUCUCCCAGUUGUACCAUUUUGAAGAGGAAAGCUUCUGUCAUUGAUGAGGAAGGAUCAUCCCCUCCACGAAAGAAACGUGUGAAUUACUCAGACCCUGAGGUGACAAGUAAGAAAUUUUACAUCCCCGACAUAAAUGAGCAUGGCCGAGAGAUUAUUAUAAUUAAUAAGGUUAAAACGGCAAACAGUUGCGUGGACAGUGUCGAAAUUGGGGAAAAUGAAUCCACACACACGGAUAUUGACACAAUGGUUAAUGAAAUUAUUGUGAGCCACGACAAUAACGUAUGUGAACUUGUUGAUGUCGAUGUCCAAACGGAAAAUUUACCAGAUACCGAAACACAAGGAUCAAUCCAGAUUGCAGAUGUCGCCUUGUUAGACAGAGAUAACGCCGUAUUUCCUCAGCUUGUUGAAUGUGGGGCAAGCGUUGAGGAGGUUUCAGCUUCUUUGAGUGAUCCCCUAUUUGUCACAGCACUUCUAGAAGAACUGCGUAGAAAAAAUGUCUUUACCAUAGGAGAUUUAGCCAAACUGACUGAAUUAGAAGUAAAUCGUUUACCAAUUAAGCCUCCGAAAAUUACCAAUUUACGAACUACUCUAUCCAACUAUCAAAUGACAGUUUCCGAAAAAGCAACUAAAAAAGUUUGUACAGAAUGGCACGAAAAUAAUAACAAAAUCUUUACACCGCCAAAACAAAAAAGACGAGUACCACUUAUACCAGUUAUCGAAAGAAAUGGGCCAAGUCAACAAUUUCAGGCACCACUUUCGGAUCACAAUGCGUUAUUUAAACCUCCCCCUAGUCCCAAACAGGAAAGCAUUACAGUAAUUCCUCAUAAAUCGGAUGAUACUAUUGUAAAACCUUCUCAAGACAUUGUUACGAGUCAGCAUCCCGGAGAAGUCGUUAUGAAAGCUAUUAAUCUCAUAAAGCAGGGAGCAGUGAAAGAGGUUGAUAGAGAUUUAUGUCGAGCUGUAAUGGGCCUGGUUGAACCAUGCAGAUUAAUUGAAAUUUUACAAGAGAAUGACACAUUUAAGUUGACAGCUUUUAUAAAAGAAGCAGAUUGGUCGGAAGUGCUAGACAAGAUUGUGAAAGAGGGGGGUUUGCAGAAAUUUUUCUCAGUGUUAAAUAAGGUUCCCAACAUAUCACCAAAGACAGUAUUAAGCACGUGCAUUGAACACUCCCUGCAAAUGUAUGAUUUGACAAUUCCACAUUUAGGUUUAGAAAGUAUAAUUAAUGAUAUGCACAAAAUGUGUAUUAGAUCAAACGUUCCUGUAGAGAGUUUUUUUAAGUAUGUAUUUUGUAAGUUUACGCCCUCCAUCGACGAUUUAAUACCGAGUUUUCCGCAUAUAAACGUGGUGCAGUUUGGUAACAGUACGAUAACGCGAAAAAAAAUGAAAGAAAAAGAAUUAACGACGUUUAUAGAGAGAAUCUUGAUCAGCGUCGAAAGUAAAGAAAUUUGCACGGAUAUUUCCAGAAAUGUGAUAUUGCCAUUGCUUAACGAAAACGAUCUGACAGAUUGCGUUAUUGCUACUGCCUCGUCGGACAGUAUAUUGAAAAUUUGCGGAAACUUGGUGAAGCAUUUACCAAAAGCGAAACCGAUGGAGGACGAAUACGAAACGCUAGCUUUGUGUAUUUUUGAUAAGAUUCCAACGGCGGAUCUAUUGCGUUAUGUUGCAAAACAUUUAAAUAAGGCUGCAGAUACUAUGGACAGUGCUAGAUAAUUGUCUAUUUCAGUAUGUAUGUGAAAUAAAUCUUAAAA